AGGCCGGGUCGAGGGACCCCGGGACCCCGUCGGCUCUGGGCUCGGGCGGGAGCAGGCUGGGGCGCACGGAUCCAUCCCGCCAGGCGCAUCCGCACCCCCGAGAGCGGACCUCCGCGUGCGCGCCCCCGGGCAGGCCCGGGCUUGUCUCUAGCGCCACUUCCUGCUGGUGGCCUGGGCUGGGCCGGGUCCCAUCGCCGCCCCUCGGGCCGGGCGUCUGUUUGCUCUUGGUGCCCUGUCUCCGUCUUCGGAGGAGCCGGAAUGCAGGCCGGGUCCCGCCCCCUGUCCAUCAGGAGCAGUCGCCCGGCUUUGCAUGUUACCUGUCACUACUAGGGUACCCAGCUCUGUCUCCCCUCAGGAUUAUGAGCCUCCCCAGCCCCCUGACUUCCCGGGACCUAUGAGUCCAGGCACCCCUUUCCUCCUCUCUCCACCAGGGCCCACCAGCUCUGAGCAGAUCAUGAAGACAGGAGCCUUUUUGCUACAGGGUUUCAUCCAGGACCGAGCUGGGAGGAUGGCAGGGGAGACACCUGAGCUGACCUUAGAGCAGCCACCCCAGGACGCAUCCACCAAGAAGCUGAGCGAGUGUCUCAGGCGAAUUGGAGAUGAGCUGGACAGCAACAUGGAGCUGCAGAGGAUGAUUGCCGACGUGGAUACAGACUCCCCCCGAGAGGUCUUCUUCCGUGUGGCAGCAGAGAUGUUUGCUGAUGGCAACUUCAACUGGGGCCGGGUGGUUGCCCUUUUCUACUUUGCUAGCAAACUGGUGCUCAAGGCCCUCUGCACCAAAGUACCCGAGCUAAUCAGAACCAUCAUGGGCUGGACACUGGACUUCCUCCGAGAGCGGCUGCUUGUCUGGAUCCAAGACCAGGGUGGCUGGAGAAAAUAUUUUCCAGGUUCAGAUAACUCUGGAAUUUGGAAUUAUAGCCCUUGAACUUCCGAUCGUCCUGCUUCCAUCGUGCCAGUUUGUGAGGUGUUGGGGUAGAAUCCAGGCCCUGUGCCCUCUGCCAGCCGAGCUGCUGCCUCUGUCCUCGUUCUUUUGAGACAGGUUCAUGCUGUGUAGCCCACACUAGUCUCAUCCUCUCAAGUGUUGGGAUUACUGGUGUGGGCCACCACUUCCAGAUUAUAAUCAUGUUUUUGUUUUUCCAUUUGGGGAUUGUGUGUGUGUGUGUGGGGGGGGUAUUUUUAAUUUUUUUUAAAUAAUUUAUUUUCAUUUUAUGUGCAGUGGUGUUUUGCCUGCAUGUAUGUGUGAUGGUGUCAGAUCUUGGAGUUGUGACGGUUGUGAGCUGCCAUGUGGGUGCUGGGACUUGAACACGAGUCCUCAGGAAGAGCAGCCAGCGCCCUUAACUGCUGAGCCAUCUCUCCAGCCCUUUAUUUACUACUUUUUUUUUUUUUUUUGGUUUUUUGAGACAGGGUUUCUCUGUAGCUUUGGAGUCUGUCCUGGACUAGCUCUGUAGUCCAGGCUGGCCUCAAACUCACAGAGAUCCACCUGCCUCUGCCUCCCCAGUGCUGGGAUUACAGGCGUGCGCCACCACCGCCCGGCCAUAUUUACCUCUUAAAUUUAUUUAUUUUGCAUGUCUGUGUGCUUGUGGGCAUGUGUGUGAAAGUCAGAAUAGUGCAGUCCUCUGCUCUCCCCUGUUGGCUCUGGAGAUGGAGUGUAUAUGGAGAAAAGCCUGGCAACAAGCGCCUUCCCACAGGAGCACCUCACUGGUCCUCUGAUAGUUGGGGGUUUUUUUUGUGGGUUUUUUUUUUGUUGUUGUUGUUUUUCGAGACAGGGUUUUUCUGUGUAGUUUUGGUGCCUGUCCUGGAUCUUGCUCUGUAGACUAGGCUGGCCUAGAACUCACAGAGAUCUAUCUGCCUGUCUCUCCCUCCCGAGUGCUGAGAUUUAAGGCGUGCGCUACGACCACCCGGCCUAGUUGUUUUUUUGAGACAGGGUUUCUCUGUGCCCUGGCUGCCCUGGACUCCCUUUGUAGAAUAUGCUGACCUUGAACUUAGUUUUUGAGUGAGGGUCUCAACAAAUUUCCUAGGUUGACAUUUCAGCUUUGUAACCCUCCUGCUUCAGGCUCCUGAGUGUUGGGCGCUGGGAUUGUAGGCCUGGGAUCCCCUUAGCAUCCCGUCACGUGACCUCCGCCCCCCACUCCACCCUUCCCCCUGCAGUUUGGUGUGGCAGUAACACAGACGUCUCUGUUCCCAGGACGGCCUCCUCUCCUACUUCGGGACGCCCACGUGGCAGACAGUGACUAUCUUUGUGGCUGGAAUCCUCACUGCCUCUCUCACGAUCUGGAAGAAGAUGGGCUGAGGCCGCCCGCCGC